AUGCUGGACACAGACCCGCGUCUCGAUAAUUCCUCUACCACCGACCAAGAACGCGGGACAGCUUCGUUUGGAUCGCCUCCUGUGGCCUCAUCAUCGGCAUUAUGGUCAACAACUUGUUCCACGACUUGUUUAUUGUGCUUUUCCAUGUCUCAGAUCAGAGCAUCUCGAUACAACCUACUUUCUUCGGUAGACUGCAAGGAGAUGAAGGGUGUCUCGAUACAACCUACUUUCAUCUCCGGUCGUGGACAACUACAAGAACAAGUGGAUGGCUUAUAAUAUAAGGUACUGAAAUGAGGAAAGGACUUGGAUGAACUACAACUAAAGCAUACUCUAAGAGUUACAGGAUGUUGGCUGCACCGAAGAGAUGGAGUUCCCGGUUCUCCCGAUUCAGACGGAAUAAAAUUCCAAAGAGGAUCAGGAUCUUCCGUCCGUCCUCAUCCUUCAGACAAAGAUGUUGUGCAAGGCAGCGUUGUUUUUGGAAGGACGAGGAGUGAUAAAAAUAAACCAGAAGAUGUUGCCUCGUUCGACGAGGUGGAUGAAGUAGAUGAGCAUUCGCCAUUUGUCGUGGUGAGGGAAAAAACAAAUAAAACUAUGUCAGCGUGGUCAGCGUUUUCACGAAAUUGUGGUAGACAUCAACAUCAAGGGUCCUCGUCUUCCUCGUCGAGAGCAGUACGUGGUAGACCUCGUAGAGGUACACCAGCACCAGCGUCCUUAAUGUCAUCUUCGGGUAGUCGUGGAAGCGGAACCGGUGGUGCACCAACUUACACUGCUGCUGGCAGUACCAAAGCGGGCAGUACUCCCUACAGCAGUACCAAG